UUAUGUUAAACGCUAAUUCUUUUGAAAAGUUUUCGUUUCUUGUAUAUUCACCCUUUGUUAUGGCGAAAUUUUGUUUUCAUUUACGUGAAGUUGUUUCUUGUAUGUAAAUUGAUUAUUUAUAAUAAUUCAAUAUCAAAACUUAUCUUUAUUAAAUCGUAAUGUCUGCCCUAUUUAACUUUCAGAGUCUAUUGACGGUAAUUUUGUUAUUGAUAUGUACCUGUACUUACAUUAGAUCUAUUGUUCCCAGUUUAUUGGACAGUAGAUUAGGAAAAGUUGGUUUUCAGGGUACUCUUUGGAAGUGCGCUAGAAUUGGCGAAAGAAAAAGUCCAUACGUGGCAAUGAGUUGCCUUCUUAUGGCUUUCAAUAUUUUGUUUUGGUCAUAAUAUUAUAAUAUCGAUUAAAAUUAAGAUUCAAAUAAAUAUAUAAUUCUGUAUAAGGAAAAUGGUAUAAAUUGUGGAUUUAAAUGUAAAUAAAAAGUAAGUUUCAUUCAAUUAUUAUAAAUAAAUGUACAUAUUUGCA